AUGGGCGUGUCGCUCGGCCAUAUUGAUGCAUUUUUGCCGAUUAUUAGUGAAGGUGGUGCUCUCCCCCCAGAAAGUUGUAUAUUUUCAUCGCUUUUAAAUUAUGCUGCGUUUUGUUGUAAGUCUUUUUUUUCUAAUUGUCUUAAAACAUAAAUUCCUUACAAUAAAAUGUUUUAUAUCAGAACGAAGAAUAGAUCUUUUAUUUUUAGUACCAUAACCAGUACGAUACAAUUGCUACGGAUUUUUAUAGGGGUUCUGACUGCCACAUUUCUUCACACAAACAUGAAGCUACAUCUUCAAGCAAAUAACCCAGGCUCAAAGUUGGUGUAUUUGUUAUACUUCAUGUUGGGUGUAGCAUGGGUUUCUGCUGUUGGUCUCACUUGGGUGGCAAACUUUCAAAUCAGCGACGUCAGAUUCAUGCACGGUCACGGGGCCACCAUGACAUUUAUCGGGGGUGUGAUGUAUGUGUAUUCGUAUAUUGCAUUCUCAAUUAAAGCAACCCCACGAUAUACACCACUAUGGUUGACAAUUGUUAGAGGUGUAUUAAUUUUUAUAACUACAUUUUGUAUUGUUUUACGUAGGUAUUCACUUAUUAUUUUUUUGAUUUGGUACUUAAAUUUUUAAUAAAUUUUGGAUCUGCUACAAUGAAAAUACUUUUUUAGACAUGACAUUUUUGGACACAGCGAUUAUUGUUCAAGAAGUUGACGGAGUAAUACCGGAAAAACCAAAGCGAAAAGCAGAUGGAAUUGAUCGCAUAAGUCGUAAUGAUCCGGUAAAUAACUUAAUUUCAAAAGAACAUUAGCAUUAUGUUUUGUUCUAGCUUAACAUAAUAGAAAUAAAGUUCAAUUUUUAAUUCAUUUUCAUUAAAAAAACUUACAUAUCAAAAAACCUUGGCUUUACACACCAUAACUACUUUAAAUUAAAAUUUCUUUUUUUAAUUUCAGUGGUUUGUGAAUCGUUUAGUCGCGUCGAUCUCAGAAUGGUUUCUUGGAUUUGCAUACAUUUUCAUCGUUGGAAGCUUUGCCGCUGACUUGAAAAACUACCGCAUAAGCCCAGAACCAUUGGAAAAAGUUAUAGCGGACGUAGAAGAACAACUCAAAACAGCUGUGGAUGACAAUACACCAGAUGUCGCUAAUGUUAGCCCAGCACCGCUUUUUAAAGUUAGUCCAGUAGUGAUUCCAGAAGACGUUAACAACGCUGCUUAA